CAUAACCGCUAUGUUUCCCUUUUUUUUCAAAAAGUCGGUUAUUUCCCUCCCUCUCCUUCCCUCACUUCCUUUUCCGCUUCCAUUUCUCCUCCCCUCCGCAGAAGUUUUGCCACCAGAGAACACAAAAAUGGAACCCAUCACUUCACUAAUUGAAGAAGACGAAGAUGACGAAUCUGAAAUGGAAGCCAUCGCACUCUCCACCCCGCCAAUGAUCCUCGAACUUCCCGAUUCCAGUACCCAAAAACAACAACAUAGUAGGAACAACUCAUUAUCAACGAAAUCUCAAUCCUUGACCGAAUUCGUCGCGUCAAUCAAACUCAAAUCUCGAGCCGUCACACGGGCCUUGGAGAAGAAAUUGCUGAGACGAUGCGACUGUACAGGCGAAGGCCGAUCAUCCCGCGGAAGCGGCGCAAGGAUUUACCAAGUUUGGCCUGGAAACAACGUGUUUUUCUUUCACGGAAAGCUCAUCUUUGGUCCAGAUCCAAAAGGGUUGCUUUUGACGACGUUUUCAAUCGCAAUCUCGAGUUGGGUUUCCGCCAUUUAUAACAUUGAUGAUGAUUCCUUGCCCCAUUCCCUUGUCACAAGACUCUUCUCCCUCCUUCUAGCACUAAUUGUUCUUGUGAACUUGUUUCUAGCCAGUGCAUUCGAUCCUGGAAUCAUCCCUAGAAGCAACCAACCUCCCCUGCCUUUCAACGAAACCGAUUCGAGCAACAUCACCAGAACUAGUACAGAAAACAGAAUUUACAGGCCUCCAAGGAGCUGCCACUGCGACAUCUGCGGCAAUUGCGUUGAGAAAUUCGACCACCAUUGCCUCUGGAUCGGUCAAUGUGUUGCAUUGAGGAAUUAUAGACGUUUCUUAGCGUUUAUCUUCUCUGCAUUGGUUUUCUUCUUCUACGUAUUUGCAAUCUCCUGCUGGAGAAUCCAUGGAAGGAUGGUGGCGCGGCAGUCUGGUUUCAUGGGGAUGGUGAAGGACUGCCCUGAGACGUUGGCGCUCUUGGCUUUCAGUUUUGCUGCAAUUUGGUUCUUGGGCAGCCUGGCUGGGUUUCAUUUAUACUUGAUUGCAGUGAAUCAGACGGCUUAUGAGAAUUUCCGCCAGAGCUACAACAGUUCUAUGAAUCCCUACGAUAGAGGGAUUCUUAGUAAUGUGAAGGAGGCUUUGUUUGCGCCUGUCUCUCCUUCUGCUGUCGACUUCCAUGCUCAAGUAUCUCAAGAAUCAGUUUAAAUACUGAUUAAAAAAAACCAUGGUCAAUGAGGCCUUGUAUAUAAUCUGGUGUUUCUAUAAUAUGUGAAUUAUCUUGAACAUGAGGUUAACACAAAGUUAUUUGUUUUGGGAAAGUGGUUGGAACAAGAAAAUCCUAGUGGAUGCUCUUGUCUUUAGCAUCAUUUAAUUUGUAAUAUGUGUUGACAUAAAAUUUGGUAUUCAGC